UUUUAAAUUAAAGUCCAAUUACGUGAAUUUGCAAUUAAAAAAAAUUAUAAAGAAGAAAUAGUGAAAUUGUUUACUUAAUAUCUACUUUACAUUCUUCUGACUAUUUGUUAAAAAAUAAUCUUUAAAUUUAAAUAAUAAUCAAAAUGGACCACUUAUAUCCGAGUUUGGAGGACAAAUGCAGGAGCGAAGGACUGUGUCCUAUAUGUAUGAUGGAGAUGGAACUCACUCCUAAAUUUUCAUGUGACAAUAAUCACAUAUUGUGUCAUCGUUGUAAGCCCUACUAUUUCGCGUGUCCCAAGUGCCAUUCGCCGAUGAGUAUUGAAAUUGCACCUCCAGAGGUCAGUUCCUAUAAUUCACCACCUCCAGUUCAUUUUAUGCCACAUCCAAUGCCACAACCUCAUUCUGACUAUCCUACGAGCAUGCCUAUGCCAAUGCCUACGGCACCAAUCGCAGAUGAUUUUUUGGAGCAAGAAAAAAAAACUUGGUAUCCACCAGCGCCUUUAGAAGAGCAAAAACUUAUUCCGUGUGCUUAUACUCGAUUUGGGUGCUGGGUCAAAUUUCCAGAACACUUAAGGGAUAUUCAUGAAUCCAGGUGCCAAUUUCAAAAUUUUGAAUUCGAGCCAAACGAUUAUCCCUCCGAUGGAGAAGAUUUUACUGAAUGCUCUUACAAAUCAGCCGGAUGUAACAUCAAGAUUCCAGAAUGGAAAAUAAAAGCGCACGAGGAUGAUUGUCCCUAUAAAGGUAGAUUCCAGGCAAUGGAAGAAAUGCGAUCUGCAAUGGAAAAGACAAAACUUGAGGAAGAAGAACCUUGUGAUCCGGAAGCAAUUGUUGAGUGUAAAUUCAAGGAAGAGGGUUGCAUGGUGAAGAUGCCUUUUCGACGAAAGCAAAUUCAUGAAGAAAAAUGCAACUACCGUACCUCUGACGACGAGGAAGAGGAGGAGGAGGAGGAGGAGGAGGAGGAACUCUAUCAGGAUCCUGAGGAACAAGUCGACUGCAAAUGGGCUCCAUAUGGAUGCAAAGUUCGACCCAAGUUUUACCGAAAAGAAACUCACGAGGAAAAAUGCAAUUACAAAAUGGAAAAUUGUUCUUUCCAAAAUUAUGGGUGUCCUGCUACUUUUGAACCUUCGAAGAGAUUCGCUCAUGAGAGAAACUGUCAGUACGCUUCUUGAAUUCAGUUUUCCAUUUACAAAAAUGUACUUUUCUUUCUGUUUUCAGUGUGUAUGUUGAUCUAUAAGAUAACAUAACAUAUUGUAUUAUUUUUAUGGAAUUCAAGAUAGCCGUUUUAGUCGAAAAAUAAUUUUUUGGUAAUUUUCUGGUAAAAAGGGAGUGACAAAUGCGAAAGAGACGUGAGAAAAUAGAAAAUGACGUGGAAAAUAGAAAAGGGGCGCGGGAAAUAGAAAAUAGACGUUGGAAAGUAUCAAAGAGAUGUGGAAAAUAGAAAAUAGACGUUGGAAAAUAACAAAGGAACGUGGAAAGUUAGUGAAGGGGCGCGGAAAAUACGAAAGAGACUUGAGAAAAUAGAAAAGGGCAUGGAAAAUAGAAAAAGGGCUUGAGAAAUAGAAAAUAAACGUUGGAAAAUAACAAAGAGACGUGGAAAAAAGAAAAUAGACGUUGGAAAAUAACAAAGGUGCGUGGAAAAUUAGAAAAGUGGCGUGGGAAAUAAGAAAGGGCGUGGGAAAUAGAAAAGGGACGUAAGAAAACAAGAAAGGUUCAUCACAAAUUUUUCACUGUCAUUAAGGACGUCCUAAAGGUAUUUCAAGUUCAAAAAUGUACUUUUUUCAACUAUGCAAAAUAGAUUUUAUCGUGUUUUUUUGCCAUGAUUGAAAAGGAUGAGAAAUUGUCUAAACAAUGAAAAAUAAUUGACAGGACCGAUUGUAAAUCAGACAUUGAUUUUGUCUCUAAUUUCCAUUGUUUCAUCCCUCGGAUUUGUGCGAGCCCAAACAAAAAAACAAAAAAACCUUUUUUUUAAGAGAUUCAUGUUUACAGGUUCCAUAAACACCAUAAGGUUUAAAACGUAUUUCCCAUAAAAAACUUUUACGUAAAUUUUUGUUUACAGCAUUGACAAUAUUUAACGUAUUGACUUGUGUCUGAACAUUUGUCUUUCAAAUUAACCACAACAUUAAAAAAAAUUAAUUUUUAAAUUUCAUCCCCAUAGGCCUGUUUUAUAGGGUCCCAAAAAACCCCAUAAGGGAAGAAUUUUAUUUUUCAUGUUUUUCGUAUUAAUCAGUAUUUAAUUGCAGGUUUUUAGUAGAAGUUGUUUGAAAUACAUUAGGCAUUACUUUCUUAUAAUAAUCAAAUUUGUAAAAAAAAUUUUAAACAACACAAUAUUUGUUGAUAGAAAUUUUCUCGUGAAAUAGACGUUAAAAAUCGCGUUUCUUUCUAAAUUUUUAAACUUUUUC